AUGUCUGGUCAGUAUGUCUUUUGUGCUGACCCUUUGUGGGUAAGUUGGUCAAAAAACUUUUUAGUAAUUGCGAUAAACGUCAAAAGAAAUGGCUGAUUCGCACAGUGCAUCUAAUAAUAUUCUAAUGAUUGCACCGUGCAGGGUUUUUUAAAGAUGUUUUGUGUUGUUAAAAUUAAUUGUAAAGAAACAUAAACUUACGUUUAGCUUUGUAGUGGAAAAAUAACCGAAAUACCUAUUUUUUAAAGUUUUUGAACGAAUCUGCACGGUGCAACAAAAACGUUUUUGCUCAUUGCACCGUGCAGAUAUCCAAUCAGCCCUUUUACUUCAAAACGUUAAAGUUAAGCUUCUAAAACUACACUUUCAGAUAUCAAAUGAAGUAGCAGCAAACAAUACGUUGCCAGUGUUGACUUUUUGCUUUGAACAUGCCGUUCUCGCCAACGUUCCAGUGGUCUUCUUCUUUAUUAUGUGGCCAAUCUUGAUGUUUCAGCUGUAUCUCAGUGAAUAUCCGCCUCUUCCUGAUGAUUAUCUGUUUGAUAUGAAAGCUGUAAGGUAUUUUAGAUUACGUAUUGUUAUUUAGGUAUUAAAUACUGUGGCAUACGUUUGAUUUUUGGGCUUACAAGAGCUAAAGCAUUGAAAUAAUUGAAGUUUUUUUCGAAUUUAAAAAAGUUUUUAUAAAAAUAAUAUUGUUGUUGGCAGUUUAAGCUCCGAAUUCACAUUGUAACAUGCUAAUAUAAUAUUGUUCAAGACAGUAUUGUUUAUCACAUUUUCAGGGAGUUUCCUGCCUUCUUCUGGUCGAUAAAACCUUUCUAUUGGUACGAUCUCUAUGGGAAACGUACCUGAUUGGCGAUUCAGUACCGAUCGUUGAGUAUGUCUAUCCAGUACUUCAAAUAGCUACAAUAUUAGGUUUGAUACAUUCUAGUAAGAAGUGUUUGGACAAGGGAAUCGCGUCUUCUGGAAUCAUUUUUGUAACUUGGUUUCUGUUUUUGAUCUGUGGAUUACCAGAGUUUUACACUUGGAUAUCGCUUGGGACGAAUCCAAAGGUAAGGAAUAUUGUUGUAGAAAGAAUUUUUAGAAUCUGAGGCUAUUAUGUGCAUAAUUUUGAGGAAUUUCAGGUUUUUUAAGCUCAUUUUUUAUUUUUUUUCAAAUAUUUUUUUUGUAUUUUUUGUGAUUUUGGCUUCUUUUCCAGGCAAUUAGCCAUAAAACCUUGUGAAAUAUAUAAAUAAUUAAAACUUUUUGUCAUAAAUACUUGUAACUUUUUGUUUCAGACAUUAUCAGCCUUGAAUUCGUACAGAUAUAUCCCAUACCUGAUUUGGUAUCCUCUUGUUUUGAUUCAAGUUCUUUUACAUUGUUUUACAUUGCGACAUGAUUUUGGUAUUGGAGUAGGUUUAUAACUGUUUGUUUUUUUGAAAUUUUAGGAUAUAAACAGUACCUUUUUAAUUUUUAUAUGAUGUAAGCAGUAUUUUUUAAACAGUUUUCAAAUUUUAAAUUCAAAAAAAAUUCCCAUUAUUUAUUUUUGCAGCACGAAUCCCCAGAACGUCAAGCACCGUUCCUGUCGAAUCAAUUCUUUUGUUGGUUUAGUGAUAUUGUUAAAAUUGGAAAGAAAAGGCCAAUUGUCUACUCGGAUCUACAUGAACUUGACCCCAUAAUGCAAGGAAGUCGAUUGAAUCUCAAGUGGAACAAUCUGUGGACUAAAAGCUUUGGGGGUGCGGUUUUUACUAUGGUAUCUGUGGGUGGAAUUUAAUUUUUUUUGAAUUUUACGGGAUUUGAUGAAUAUGACAUUUAUAAAAAGGAUUAUCAGUAAUAAUAUUGGUAGAAUGAUCUUUACAUCAUGGGUAUAUAGCUUUUUUUGGGUCGACUUAUUAUAAUAUUUUUUGAUCUUUUAGGUAUUUUAAAAUUGUUUUUAGACUAUAAAAAGAAGCUAGAAGACUCGGUAGAAUACGAAGAAUACGAAUCUCUUCAUACUGUGGAUGUGAACGACAGAACACCUUUGGUCAACCAUAAACAUGGCGCUUUAUUGAGCUAUGGAUCACAUGGAGGUAAGGGUUUUGCUUUGACAAUAAAACAUGGUAAUUAAAAUAACAUAAUUGGUUAAUGUUGUAAAAUUAGAUGAAUUUUGCCGUAUUUUACAAAGUCUUUAAUUUCAGAAUGCCGAAUCCCCAAAAACAAGAAAAAACCACCCCCACCGUCAAUCCUAGCCAUAUUGUGGAAGUUCUUCAGACGGGAGUUCCUCGGAGCAUCAGUUUUAAAGUUUUUAACUGACUUACUACAAUUUGCCAAUCCACUUUUACUAGGCCAAAUGAUAACGUACACCGAGAACAAACAUGCCCCAGUAUGGCAGGGUGUUGGACUAGCCUUAUUGAUGUUUACCGCGGCCGAAACACGAUCUUUUUUGCUGAAUAACUACUUUACUACCAUGUUGAAGAUUGGCUGCAAGGUUCAGAGUGUUCUUACCGUAGCUGUUUAUAAUAAGGUAAGGCUUGGUAUGUUGUGGGAGAGGUUGUUUUUAGUGUGGGAGAGCAAGGUAUAAGCAGGGUAAAGUAUCAUAGGAAACGUAAGGGUAAAUUAGGUUAGAGUUGUAUAGGGGAUGAUAAGUCAGGGUUACAUACAUUACGAUAGGAUACUUUUUACCUUAACAUAGUGUUUUCUUUAACAUGAUGAUCCUACUUUCAUACUGCACUUUUCCAGGUCCUCCGUCUAUCAAACUCAGCACGACAAAAGCGAACAGCCGGAGAGAUUCAGAAUCUGAUGUCAAUUGAUGUGGAACGAUUCCAAACCAUCACUCCGAACCUUCAAGCUUAUUGGAGUAGUCCAUUGACUAUUGUCUUGGCUCUGACUAUUCUGUUCCAAACAGUCGGUGCUGCUGCGUUUGGAGGAGUUUUUAUCAUGUUAUUGAUCAUUCCUCUCAACUUGGCUAUCAUGAUGAAGACCAAAAAGUGGCAGGUAGGAAAAAAUAAAAUUUUUGUUAAUAAAUUGGUACUCUUUGUUUUUGGAAUAUAAAAGACGGACAUUUUAGGUAAUACUAAUAUAUAAUGUUAUAAUAAGUAGUGAAGCUAAUUAUAGAUAAUUCAAAUGAAAUUGAAAGACGAGAGAUUAAAGUUAACGAAUGAAGUACUGAAUGGAAUAAAGAUUGUCAAGUUGUAUGCGUGGGAGAAACCGAUGAUGGAUCAGAUUAAUGAGUUAAGGAAGGCUGAAGUCAACUUGAUUCGAAAAGCUUCUUUAACUCGAUCUAUUGGAGACGUACUCAAUGUGGCAUCACCUUUCUUAGUACGUAUCAUUUUUUACCCUUUUAGCUCAAAUUUUGAUCAUAGAUUUCUAAAAAAUAGUGUUACAGCUGUUCAUAGUUAAAUUACAGUACAACAAGAGUUUUUUAAAUUUUAUGUUACAGUAAUACUGAAAGGUUCAAUUGCAACGUUUUGAAAAGCAAAUACUACCUAAAAUAUCAGAAAACUCUUAGGUAGCCCUAGUAGCCUUCACCAUCUUCGUACUGUCUUCAGAAGACAAUGUUCUGACUGCUCAAGUCGCCUUCGUAUCUCUGACAGUAUUUGCUCAACUUCGAGUACCAUUGUUUAUCAUCGCUGAGCUAAUUGGAAGUACAGUACAGGUUGUAGUAUCUAACAAAAGAUUGAAGGACUUUUUGGCGGAGGAAGAAACUGAUGACACUACUAUUGAUAGGGAUUUUAGAAGCGAUUGUAAGGUUUUUACGGUUUAUUGUCAGCACCGUAGCUUUAACUACCUUGCCUUAUUCUAUCUUAUCUACUUUUUUACCUAUCUUUUUUACCUUAGCUACCUUUUUUUACUAUGCCAUCGCCAUAACCCUAUCUUACCCUAUUGUAUCCUAUAUUAACAAACCUUUUUAGACGAAAACUCAAUCGAAGUAAAGCUAGCCACAUUUACCUGGGACAAAUCGUCUCCUAAAACAUCGCUAAAAGAUAUUCAACUAGACAUUGGCCAAGGCGCUCUAGUGGCCGUAGUUGGCCAAGUUGGAUCAGGAAAGUCGAGUUUGUUAAGUGCUCUACUUGGAGAGAUGGACAAGAUUGGUGGAUUCGCUGGAGUCCGAGGAUCCAUUGCUUAUGCUCCACAACAAAGCUGGAUCCAGAAUCAGACAGUCAGGGAUAAUAUUAUUUUUGGCAAAGAGUGGGAUGAACAGUUAUACCACAAGGUUGUUGAUGUAAGUUAUAAGAGUUUAUGAAGGUAGAAAGGUAAAAUACGAUAUGUAGGGUCUAAACCGUUUUAGACUGCAUCCGAAAGAUUUCGUGAAACAAAAAAAGUAAAAAAUGUUGUUAUAGGCAUGUGAACUUCAACGAGAUUUCGAAUUUCUACCAUUUGGCGAUCAAACAGAAAUAGGAGAGAAAGGUGUAAACCUAAGUGGCGGCCAAAAAGCCAGAGUAUCAUUAGCACGAGCCCUGUAUCAACAAACCGACAUUCUCCUCAUGGACGAUCCCUUAUCAGCCGUGGAUGCGAUUGUAGGAGCAGCCAUCUUCGAAAAGGCUAUUGGACCAUCUUCAUUAUCCAAAGAUACUACACGAGUACUAGUGACCCACUCCUUGGCUUGUCUACCAGAAUGUGACUACAUCAUUGUGAUGAAGGAUGGCAUGAUCAUACGAGUUGAUGACUACGAGAGUCUACUGGCUGAUCCAGAAAUGUCAAAACUGAUAAAGCAGAUAGAGAAGGAGGAGGCCAAGGAAGCACAAGCGGAGACGCCAACCACAGGAGAAUCCGGGAAUCUGGAGGAGAGCGACACUGACUAUUCAUCGACCGAAAGUGAUAACAAGUCCAAGAACGAGAAGUCCAGGAUUGAUAGCAAGCUCCUGAGGAAGAGGUCACGAGCAUCGUCGAAACAGACCAAACAAGUGGUACCAUCCAAACUGGUCCAAGAGGAGUUUGUAGAGACUGGCAGAGUCAGCCCAUCCAUCUACAUGCACUACUUCAAGAGCAUGAACUUCGCUUUCUUUCUGUGUUUUGUGUUUGGCAUGGUGAUGAAUCAGGGCUUGUCGAUUCUGAGGAGUUUUUGGCUCUCUGACUGGUCGGAUAAUACUGAACAUGAUAGGUACACGUUGGGUACUAGAUUAACUGUUUUUGGAGCUUUUGGUCUACUGGAAGGUGGGUUUGUCAUAUAUUAGUUUGCUCAAAUAAUGAUGUGCUUCCUUACUCCGAAAAUUAGCUUUGAGAGGGGCACAGAAUUAAGUGAACAUCAUUUUUUGUUGUGAUACUAAAAUUUUCAUAUUUUAAUGAAUUUUAAAAUUUAAAACCGAUUCCGUAUUUUACAACUUUCAGUGGUCAGUCUCUACUUCGCCUCGAUCUUCCUCAUCCUAGGUGGAGUCAACUCCAGUAUCCGCCUUCAUGGUCCUCUAUUAUACCGGAUUCUCCGAGCACCGGUCGUUUUCUUCGAUGUCACGCCUCUAGGUCGUAUUUUGAAUCGUUUUGGUAAAGAGAUGGAAACGGUCGAUUUGAGAAUGCAAGGCAUCUUCAGAUUCCUGAUGGUCUGCAUUCUGAGUGUGGCAUCCACCAUCAUUGUCAUCUCAAUAUCGUCGCCUAUAUUCUUGUUGUUUAUGAUCCCAUUGUCAUUUGUUUAUGUGUUGAUUUUGGUAGGUUAUUGAAGGUUAUGGUGUAGUAGGUUUACUUUUGUGAUAUAGUAAGUUGAUGUGGUAGUAUGUUAUAUAUGUACUGUAAUAGAUAUUACAUAUGUGUUAGUAUGCAAACACGUAUAUACUGUACAAUAUCCUCCUUUGCCAGAAAUUUUUCAUUCCGACCAGUCGCCAGCUCCAAAGAUUAUCCUCAAUCAGUCGAUCUCCACUAUUCGCUGCCUUCGGCGAAACAAUUAUUGGCGUUACUUCGAUCCGUGCCUACGGUGUAGCUCGUCGAUUCUAUCAUCAGUUCAUUGAUGCUAUUGACCUCCAUGUUACAUGUAAAUACUCAGCUGGAAUAUCAGCAAGAUGGCUGGGUAUGAGGCUGGAAAUAAUGGGAAAUUCCAUCAUAUUGAUCACGGCGUUGUUGAGUGUUUGGUCGAAAGAAACUGGAUUUAUGAGCCCUGGAUCCAUUGGAAUGACAUUGUCUUAUGCACUGAAUGUAAGUGGGGUAUUCUGGCUCUAAUUUGAGUAGAUUAAAGUACGGUGUAGUAUAAUAUAGUACUGUGUUUCCGGGAGGGUAUCAUAAGUUAAAAUUUUACUAAUUCAUUUCCAGAUCACCAACAUGUUGUCCAUGUUGAUCCGCCAAAUUAGUGAAACCGAAUCAAACAUCGUGUCGGUCGAGAGAAUUAAGGAGUAUUCAGAAGUCGAAGAAGAAGCACCGUGGGAAAUGCCAGAAGCCUCCAAGAUUCAUUUACCUCGUGAUUGGCCAAUAGCCGGUGUUGUAUCCUUCAAAAACGUGUCCACAAGAUACCGCAAAGACCUGGAGCUAUCACUCAUGGACAUUGACGUAUCAUUUCGACCAGGCGAAAAGAUUGGUGUGGUUGGUCGAACUGGAGCCGGCAAGUCAUCCUUAAUAUUGACACUGUUCCGACUGAUCGAACCCACCAACGGUCGUAUUUUGGUGGAUGGAGUCAACUUAUCAAUGUUAGGUUUACAUGACAUUAGGUCAAGGUUCACAAUUAUACCUCAGGAGCCUACUUUGUUCUCAGGCACGUUGAGAAUGAAUCUGGAUCCUCUGAAGGCGUAUUCAGAUGUGGAGUUAUGGUUGGCGUUGGAAGAUGCCAACCUGAAAGACUUUGUACAGGGAUUAGACCGAAAGUUGGAGCACGACAUUGCCGAAGGAGGUAGUAAUAUCAGCGUUGGGCAACGCCAACUGAUCUGUCUCGCUCGCGCCAUUCUUCGCAAAAGCAAGGUUGUUGUUUUGGAUGAAGCUACAGCCUCGGUUGAUAUUCAAACUGACGAGAUUAUUCAACGUACGAUCCGGGAGAAGUUUGUCAAUUCUACUGUUAUCACUAUAGCUCACAGAAUACGUACUAUUCUGGAUUCUGACCGCAUUUUAGUGCUGAAGAAUGGUAGAGUGGUGGAGUUCGAUACUCCAGAGAAACUACUGGAGAACACGAAGAGUUUGUUCUAUUCUUUGGCCAAUUCGCACAAAAAUUGA